GCAUAACAAAUCGAAACAAAUUUCGGCGCUAUUUUCUCAUCUAAAAUUUGCGAUGGCCGAACACUUGGCUUCAAUUUUUGGCACAGAGAAAGACAGGGUUAACUGUCCAUUUUACUUCAAGAUCGGCGCCUGUAGACAUGGGGACCGCUGCUCGCGCGUCCACACCAAACCUAGCAUUAGCCCUACUCUCUUGCUUUCAAACAUGUAUCAACGCCCUGAUAUGAUCACACCUGGCGUCGACGCAAAUGGCAAUCCCAUUGACCCCCGCAAGAUCCAGCAGCACUUCGAGGAUUUUUAUGAAGAUCUCUUUGAGGAAUUGAGCAAAUAUGGUGACAUUGAGAGCUUGAAUGUCUGUGACAACCUAGCUGACCACAUGGUUGGUAAUGUGUAUGUUCAAUUUAGGGAGGAAGAAUAUGCUGCAAGAGCACUAAAAAAUCUGACUGGGAGGUUUUAUGCUGGACGUCCCAUUAUUGUGGACUUCUCCCCUGUGACGGAUUUCCGUGAAGCCACCUGUAGGCAAUAUGAGGAGAACACCUGCAACCGUGGUGGAUACUGCAAUUUCAUGCACCUGAAAAGGAUUGGCAGGGAGUUGAGGCGUGAACUAUUUGGGAGAUACAGGCGAAGGCCUAGCCACAGCAGGAGCCCCUAUAGGCAUCGCAGCCAUGAAGAGCGUUCACAUGGUGGGCAUGGUUCUAGCAGAAGGUACGAUGACAGGGAUCGCUAUCAUGAAAGUAGGAGCAGGAGGCAUAGGAGCACAAGCCCUAGCCAUAGGAGAGGGAGAAGCAGAAGUCCUGGUGGAAGACGGAAUUGUAGUCCUGUCAGGGAAGGCAGUGAGGAGAGACGAGCCAAAAUUGAGCAGUGGAACAGGGAAAGAGAAAUGCAAGAAAAUGCUAGUAAAGAAAAUACCGGCAACAACAAAGAAUCCGAAAAUAUCAAUGAUGGUUAUAUGCAAAAUGGUAACCAACACUGUGGAUAUCAGCAGCAGCCUCCGCGGAAUCAAGGAGACUAUGUAUACUGAUCUACUUAACAGUUGUUUGUUGCAGUAUGAGAUGUUACAGGAUGGGUUUACAAGGUCUCAAUCAGAUUACUUCUAGAAAAAAAAUGAGAAAGCCAUGGUGAUGUCAAAGUCAUUGCUAUAUUCAGGUCCCUCGAUGUUACUGGUGUUUUGGUAAUCGGAAACGGCAAUCUUUGGCAUUGUUAGUAGAUAUUUCAUUCAUCCUUGAAUUUGAUGAAUAUUUAUCUGGAUCCUGGAAAAGAUAAUUAUGAAU